AUGGUGCCGCCCACAUUGUGGACUCUGGUUGCCGCCAUUGCCCGAGAGAGUUGCGUGCAGCAAACAGUGGCAAAGCACAGUCUGACAGCUAAUGUGCGAGGAACAGCAAGCUGGCACCUGGAUUCAGCCUUCGACGCGCCCACUAGCAGCAUGUCCCUCCUGUUUGUGGCCGGCGUGUUUAUAACCUUCAUCACCUUCAUACUGUACAUGCUCGGGCACAACCGCCUGCAUCGCUCUCAGAUUCAAGCGUCAAAGGUUAUAGGUUCAAUUCAACUAGGAAUAUAUUACGCCGUUACCAGUUUGGUGUCGAAACCCGAGCGAAAUUUAUUGAUCAGGGAUUUUGCCGUGAUAGAGUCGAUCUUUCUACCAGGGGAAGGGAGCACUGUGACUCCCGCUCACCACUACAGCGACUUCAAGUUUAAGGCGUACGCCCCGGUCGCUUUCCGAUACUUCAGGGACCUGUUUAGCAUAAACACCGACGGCUUUCUGAUGGCUUUGUGCCACGAACCCUUAAGGGAGCUCUCAAACCCCGGCGCAAGCGGAAGUGCGUUUUACCUCACCAGCAACGACGAGUUCAUCAUCAAAACUGUCCAGCACAAGGAAGCCGAGUUCCUACAGAAUCUGCUGGCAGGCUACUAUAUGAACCUGAACCACAAUCCACGAACGCUGCUGCCCAAGUUCUACGGCCUCUACUGCUACCAGUGCGGCGGCAAAAGCGUUCGCGUCGUGGUGAUGAACAACCUCCUGCCUUCGGUGGUGCCCAUGCACCAGAAGUUCGACCUGAAGGGAUCCACCUUCAAGCGCAAGGCGAGCAAGCAUGAGCGGAGCAAGCGCUUCCCGACCUUCAAGGACCUCGACUUUCUCGAACAGCAUCCCGACGGCAUCCUGCUGGAGACGGACACCUACAAUGCCCUCAUGAAGACCAUCCAGAGAGACUGCCAGGUAUUGGAGAGCUUCAGAAUAAUGGACUACAGCCUCCUCAUAGGCAUACACAACAUCGACCAGGCGGCGAAGGAACAAGUAGAGCGGCAGUCUCACAGUGCAAAGGACGAAGUGAAACUCACUCCUCCAGCAGGCACGGACGACGAAUCCAGCUCUAAGCCGGCAGGAUCCGCGCUGACACAGAACAGGGUGACGAACCGGCAGCGGCUGGCGAACUUCUCCACUGCCAUGGAAUCAAUCCAGGCUGACGUAGAGCCCAUUGAUCAUGACGAGGACGUUCCAACCGGCGGCAUUCCAGCGAAGAACUCCAAAGGAGAGCGACUACUCUUGUUCAUUGGAGUUAUUGAUAUUCUCCAGAGCUACAGACUCGUGAAGAAGCUCGAACACACCUGCAAGUCCAUGUUUCACGACAAGGACACCAUAUCGGUGCAGAGGCCCAGCUUUUAUGCAGAGCGGUUUCAGGAGUUCUUGGCUAAGAAGGUCUUCAAGAAGAUCACCUCUCCGCCCGCCACAGUGAAAGAUCUACCCGCGAUAACGUACGAAGUUCCAGAAACACCUAGUCAAAUAACGAAGGCACGACAGCGGACGUCGAGAAUCAAGAGUCAGGUCUGCGCCAUGUCGUCACUGUGA